AUGUCUAACCAGACGUCCCUUACUCUUGAUGCACAAGAUGACCCUUGGACGGCCAACCCUUCGUCUAUGUACCUUGACCUUGAUGAGGACAUUAUAGCCUCUAUUAUGAACGAUGUUCCCCACGCAACACUUGAAGCGGAAGAGUUCAGCUGGUGGCAGAUCGAGCCUUUAGGAAUGUCUACCGGCAUCCCUGAGCCACAUAAGGACUGGGUUGGCUGCUCGCAGGUAACCGACAAUUGCCAAAAUGUCAAUCCUAAUCCUUCGCCUUCAACAAACUCCGAUGAUCACCUUGAGUUGAACCCUAUCCAACUCAAUCCCCUCGACGGGGUAGCUCGCGUGAUGAAGGACUUUACGGCCAUUAUGGAACGGGUCUCUGCUCAACUUGAAACGUUCACCACCAAGAUAGAGAAGCUGAACGGCCAGGUCGAUGAUAUGCAGAAGAAGGUUGACUCCACUGCUUCAGAAGUCGAAGCUCUGGAUGAUAUAUUGAGCGAGGUCUUAAAGCGCGAACAGAUGGCGAUGGAGAAAUUUGGCGACAUAGCUAGUCGGUUCGACGGAUAA